AUGAAUUUUCAAGCCUCAUUAACAAUUUCAUUGGUGUUGGUAGCAGUUGUGAUUAGUCAAAGUUUUUACAAUGACACUCUGGUGAGGAGUCGUAUCUUCCCUUUCGCUGCCGCCGCCUAUGGCGAUUCACCGCAAAAAUGUUUUGACAAUUUGUGGAAAGAUGAAAUUGGGCAACAUUUUACCCCUGGAAUAAUCAGUGUGCCGUGCAUGAACAACACGCAUUGUUUUGCCUAUCUCUCCAUUCACACGGUGCUCAAGCAAAUCGUCAUUGCUUUUAGAGGAACCGACACUAAAGGACAGCUGUGGGAUGAGUACCGGGAUGAGCAAGAUAUGGCCAUGGUUUCCGAUUCAUACUUUUAUGGAAAGGUCAACUACUACUUCGCUGAUUCAUUUCAUCGUCUUUGGGAUGGAGGACUUGGGGAGAAACUGGAACAAUACUACACCCAGCAAGGAUAUGAGAUUUUGUUCACUGGUCACUCAUUAGGCGGCGCGUUGGCAACACUUAACGUUGCCUACAUUGUGCGCAGCGGUUUGGGCUACGAUUUGAAACGAAUCAAACUUGUGACUUUUGGGGAGCCUCGAGUUGGAGAUGCGACAUUUGCGGAUACACUCUCGAAAUAUGCACCAUAUGUGCUACGAAUCACUCACUACCGUGAUCUCAUUGCUCGUCGACCCUGCAAAAGCGAUGGCUAUCAGCAUCAUAGCACUGAAAUCUUUUUCCCACAAGAAGACAUGGGCGUAAAUAAUCCAUACAUAACGUGCAUUGGACCUGAAGAUCCCACUUGCUCAGCCGGCAUCAGCUCUACACUGACCAAUAUUGGAAUCGAAGAUCAUACCCACUAUUACGAUGUUGAUGUCAGUGUGUAUGGGGAGUCAAACUGUACUGACAAAGGCCUGCACAGAUCAAAAAAAGGAAGCAGAAUCCCACAAAGAUGGCUUUGGGGCCUUCUUUGCGAUGAUGAUAUACCGAAACACAUUGCA